AUGAUGCGCUCUAAAGAUAGUAUCGAUGACUGGUUGGAAAUUCAAAAAAGUAAGAUAUGGGGAUUAGCAGAAGGAGAUGAAAGAAUUAUGUCGGUUUUGAAGUUGAGUUUUGAUCAUUUGAAAUCGCCUUCUUUGAAACAGUGUUUUGCAUAUUGCUCAAAGUUCAAGAAAGAUUUUGAAAUGAAAAGGGAAGACUUGAUCCAGCUAUGGAUGGCUCAAGGAUUUCUCUGUUCUUCUCCUAACAAAGAUAUGGAGGAUACAGGAGACGAAUAUUUUACGAUUCUGUUGCAAAACUCCCUCUUUCAAGAUGUUAGAAGGGAUUCCUUUGGUAUUAUUAGCCAUUGCAAGAUGCACGAUCUUGUACAUGAUCUUGCUGAGCUUGUAUCAAGAUCAGAAAUGGAAGAUAAACUUGAGAAUCAACACGUGGCAUGGGACCCUUCCAAAAGUUCCGAAAGAAAUGUUGAGAAACGGCGGUCACUGUUUGUGAAUGGUGAUCAAGCCCUCAAUGGAGAAUACAAGGCAUCUUUUAACGUUUCCAAAGGAAAUGGAAAAUUUGAUCAACUUGAGGCAUGUUAUUUCCAUCGUCGUGAUAAGCCAGUUCCAUUUGGGAUGGGACAAUUGAAACAUCUGCAAACAAUUUCUCCUUGGUUUACUUUGGACAAGGAAAGUAAUCGUGGAAUUGACGAGCUGGGUGGCUUAAACCAAUUAAAAGGUGAACUAAUUAUUAGAGGUUUGGAACAUGUGAGGGACAGAGGCCAAGCAGGGGCAUCAAAUUUAGUUGGGAAAGCAAAUCUACGAAGGUUGACAUUAGACUGGGGAUCUUAUAUCAGGGGCAGAAACGAGAAAGAUAUUGAUGUACUAGAAGGCCUCCGACCCAACUCUGAGUUAGAAAUCUUAAAGAUUGACAAGUUCAAGGGUUCUAAAUUAGCAUCAUGGAUGAUGAGUGGUUCGUUGCCACGCAAUUUGACAGAGAUUCUUUUAUGGAAUUGCAAUGAAUGUGAACAAGUCCCAUCACUUGGCCAUUUACCAAUCUUAGGCUUGUUGAUUUUAGCUAUCUCGAUGUAUCCAGGUUGCAGUCUCUUCCUCUCUACAUAUAUUAAUUGUGGCAAAUUAAACUAUUUGCCAAUAGAGGGGCUACGCUCUCUUACGCGUUUGGAAUCUAUGAAAAUUGGUUUGUUUUCGGAGGAGCUCGAUUCUUUCCCUGAUUUUGAGCUUCCAUCACAAAUUCGAACUCUAGAGAUCAGAGGGUGGCCUAAGCUCAAGUCUCUGCCUCAACAAAUUCAACACUUGACUACUUCUCUAACAACUUGGGAGAUUGAAUCUUUCGAUGGUGUGGAGGCUCUUCCAGAGUGGUUGGGUAACCUUACAUCUCUUACCCACCUGAGUAUCAAGGAGUGUAAGAAUCUCAUGUAUAUGCCUUCUUUACAGAGAGUGGUUGGGCUUCGUGAAUUGGUGAUUGACAAUUGUCAGGCAUUAUCAAGUUGGCCAAGUGGGUUGGAAUAUUGCACCUCUCUUAGUACGUUGAUUAUACUUGGGUGCUCCAAUCUAACAUCCAUUCCACUUUCACAAUCUGACUCUGAUGCUUCCACACUCCCUCUUCUUGAGUACUUGGCUAUAAGGAGUUGCUCUAGUCUCGAGUUCAUUCCAAUUACCCUGGGCAAGGGCAUGUCAUGUCUCCGCACAUUGAAGAUUGAGGAUUGUGAGAAAUUAUCAAGCUGCCGACCAGAAUGCAAUGAAUUGACGAGUAUACUGAGUGGCCUACAAUCUUGUACCUCUCUUAGUUCACUGUAUAUUAGUGAUUGUCAAAAUUUGAGGCAUUUACCGGCUGAUGGGCGACAAACCCUCGUCUCUCUUUACCAGCUGACAAUAGCUCGUUGCCCUAAUCUAGAGGCUAUUCCCAAUUUAGACAACCUCACAUCCCUCGAUAACUUGACUAUUAUGGGUUGUGAUGGAUUGACAAGUCUACCCACUGGGCUACCAUCCUGCAAAUCUCUUGAGGAGUUGACAAUCGAGUCAUGCCACAAUUUAAAAUAUUUGCGAAUGGAGGGGCUACGCUCUCUGACGAGUUUAAAACAUAUGCAAAUGGGUGCGUUUUCGGAGGAGCUCAAUUGUUUCCCUGAUUUUGAGCUUCCAUCACAAAUCCAAACUCUAAAGAUCACAGGGUGGCCUAAGCUCAAGUCUCUGCCUCAACAACAAAUUCAACACGCUACUUGUCUAAAAGUAUUGUAUAUAGAGUCUUUCGACAACGUGGAGGCUCUUCCAGAGUGGUUGGGUAACCUUACUUCUCUUACCACCCUUGGUAUUCACAACUGUAAGAAUCUGGUGUCUCUUCCUGCCGUUGAAGUUAUGCAACGCCUCACCAAACUACAAGAUCUAUUCAUUACUGCAUGUCCCCGUCUAGGGGGAAGAUCCGCCCUUGAGAGCGGCCCAGAAUGA